AUGGAGAAAGAAAAAGAAAUCAAGAGAGUGGCGCAGCCCUCUUCAGACUACGAAAUUGGAGAAGUAAAAAGUGUGGAUGCUGAUGCUGCCAAGCUGGCAGAGAUGGGCUACACCCAGGACAUGCAGCGAAACUUCUCCAUAUGGUCGGUUCUGGGUGUCGGCUUUUCACUCACAAACUCCUGGUUCGGGAUAUCCGCAGCACUGGUGACGGGAAUUAAUUCCGGUGGGCCUCUGCUCAUCAUCUACGGCAUCAUCAUCAUCGCUCUACUCUCGACUUGCGUGGGCAUCUCGCUUUCGGAGCUGGCGAGUGCAUUCCCUAAUGCGGGCGGUCAGUACUUUUGGGCGAAUGAGCUGGCACCAAAGAGAUUUGCGAACUUUGCUUCGUACCUAACGGGAUGGUGCGCUUGGGCGGGAUCGAUCUUUACGUCGGCAAGUGUCGCGUUAGCUGUUGGGAGCGCGCUGUGUGGCUGCUGGCAAUUAACCCAUCCGGACUUCGUGGUGAAGAGCUGGCAUGUGUUCGUUGCGUACCAGAUCGCCAACAUCAUCUGCUUCUUCUUCAACUGCUUUGGCAAGGUCCUGCCUAUUGUAUCAUCCACGUCGCUCUACAUCACGCUACUCUCCUUCACAAUUAUCCUGACAACGGUCCCGGCGGCAGCACCAACCCACCAGCAUGCCAAAUUCGUCUUCGCAACUUUCAUCAACAACACCGGUUGGUCUCAAGGCGGCAUCGCCUUCAUCGUUGGAAUGGUGAACACGAACUGGGCUUUUGCAUGUCUGGACUGCGCAACGCACCUGGCAGAAGAGGUGCAUCACCCAGAACGCAUGAUCCCCAUUUCCAUCAUGGGGACCAUAGCCAUCGGCUUCGUGACCUCCUGGUUCUACUCCGUGUCCAUGUUCUUCAGCAUCGUCGGCGACUUUCAAGAGCUCGUCGACACGUCCACCGGAGUCCCGAUCCUCGAACUCUUCUACCGCGCGCUCAGGAACAAAAUCGGCGCCUGCGUGCUCGAGACUCUGGUCAUUCUCACGGGUUUGGGCUGCCUGAUUGCGAGCCACACGUGGCAGAGCCGUCUGUGCUGGAGCUUUGCGCGUGAUCGCGGCGUCCCUGGCAAUCGGUGGCUGGCGAAAGUGAAUCCUAGGCUAGAUGUGCCGCUCUAUGCGCAUGCGGUGAGCUGCGUCAUCGUUGCGGCCGUGGGUUGCUUAUAUUUGGGCUCUUACACUGCAUUUAACAGUAUGGUCACCGCCUGUAUCGUCCUGCUGUACGUGUCGUACUCGAUUCCAGUCGUCUGCCUGCUCAUCAAAGGCCGCAACAACAUUCAUCACGGGCCCUUCUGGCUUGGACCCAUUGGUUUCUUCGCCAACUGUGUUCUCUUAGCUUGGACUGCCUUUACUGUCAUCAUGUACAGCUUCCCAUACGCAAAACCAGUCGAGGCGAGCAAUAUGAACUAUGUCUCGGCGGUUUAUGGCGUGGUUAUGUUUAUUAUUGCGGUCGACUGGCUUGUAAGAGGGAGAAAGUAUUAUAGAGGUCAGACGACAAGGCAUGUGGAGGCGGAGGUAGUGGCUGUCAGGGGGAGGAGUGUUGGUUAG